AGAGCCAACAGUUUCUGCAACAUUCCCUUCGUUAUACCAUUCAUGAAGUUCGAAUACAGGAUGAAAAUCCGUACGAUUUCUAGAGUUGUACAGGGCCGAAACAGAUCGCCAUCAGUUCAACUUCAUAGUUAUCGUGUUCUAGCGCAGCUUCAUUCAGUACCUAAAAGACCUUCGUUUGGAAUCGCUUUUGAUAUUGAUGGUGUUAUACUUCGUGGACGGACUCCAAUUGGAGAUUCUCCUAAAGCUUUGAGGAGAUUAUACGAUGAUUCAGGUAGUCUGAAGAUCCCAUAUCUGUUUUUGACAAAUGGAGGAGGCAUCCCUGAAUCUAGACGAGCUUCUGAGUUGAGUCAACUCCUUGGAGUAAAUAUCGACCCUGUUCAGGUGGUACAGGGUCACUCACCUUUCAAAAACUUGCUGAAUAGAUUCGAAAAUGAAUUAGUUGUUGCCACUGGAAAAGGGGAGCCUGCAGUGGUGAUGUCCGAAUAUGGUUUCAAAAAAGCUGUCUCCUUAGAUGAGUACGCAUCUUACUUCAAUAGCAUUGAUCCUUUAUCACCACACAAAACCUGGACCACGAAGCAGCCAUGCGAUGAGCAUAUAAAGUUCAGUGAGUCAGUCCCAAGAUUCGAUGUCACUUCUGAAAGAGUCAAAGCAGCUUUUGUUGUUAGCGAUCCUGUUGACUGGGGUAGAGAUAUUCAGGUUCUUUGUGACAUUUUGAGAUCGGGUGGUCUUCCUGGAGAGAGGUCUCAGCAUCAACCACAUAUGUAUUUUGCAGCUGAUGAUCUUGAAUAUCAGGCUGCAUUUCCUUCUGAACGUCUUGGCAUGGGGGCUUUCAGGAUCGCUCUAGAAAGUAUCUUCAACAGGAUUCACCACAGGCCAUUGGAAUAUACCUCAUUUGGAAAACCAAAUACUUUUGUGUUCGAGAAUGCAGAAUCCAUAUUGAAGCAACUUCAAUCGCCGGCAAGUGAUGAUGAUCUCAAUGAAGAUUACAAAGACAUGAAAUCACACCAUUUUGAAACCCUUUAUAUGAUUGGUGACAAUCCUUUGGUCGAUGUCAAGGGAGCAAGACAGGCAGGACAUCCAUGGUUUUCCAUUUUGACAAGGACAGGUGUUUUUCGAGGAAAAGAGAACCACACAGAUUAUCCUGCUGACCAUGUUGUUGAUACAGUAGAAGAGGCUAUGGAAUAUAUCUUGCAAAGGGAGGGUUAUGCUUAGCUUAGUGGAAACACAUUUUUUCCCUCCAUUCUGCCAUAAUUUUUUGGAAAUAUUCAAGAAACCAACACCACAUCUUAAUGACUACAACUGUAAAGUCUUAAAGAUUAAGCACACGCAACAGAUGAAUAUGUUGAUGUAAAAACUUUGUGGUGCCAUAAAGGCUGUUUAGACAUCGAUGAUUUACGAAUUAAGAAGCUUUUAUUUCA